AUGACAAUGACGAGGGAUGAUGGCCGCAUUACCUCCUUCGCGAGUACGAGCAGUGGUCACUCCAAUAUCACAUUGAAACCAUCCGCUCCCAGUCGCUCGGUCUCGGUCUCCUCAGCCUCGACAAAGGCCACCCCGAAGCCCAUCAAAACGAGCGACUAUGGCAAAAUCAGGACGUUUAACGAAGAGUCUCAAGUCUCACCCACAGCAUCCGGUCAUCGCCUUGCUUUAUCGCCAACUUCAACCGCAUCUAGCAGUUCCUUACUCGAUAAUCGCCGCAUGAGUGACCUUGCAGACUACCGUCGCGACCUUGCCGUUUUAAAUCCAGCUAAUGGUCGUAUUCCCCAAAUCCAACGAGAUCCUCCAACCAGUCCGAAUACUCAACAUAAUAUACCGCCUUGGAUGUCUGUCAACGGCAGUAAUGCAGCUUCGUCUCCGACUGGUUUCGGGACAAGCUUUUACAAUGAUUCUAGCGACAAUGUUUCCGCUACCUCUCAACUUUCGCCUGCCUUUAGAGUAGGUUCUUCGCGACCUACGCAAGUGUCAAGUAAUGAGUCUCCCGAUGCAGCCUAUUUUACGGAUGAUAGGCGACCCUCGGCGGCCAGCAUAACUACAGCUAGCAGUCAGGGCUCCAAAAAUAGUGGAAGUAGAGGGGGGUUUAAGAAAUUACAGGGGUUCUUCGGCGAGGAUUUCCCUGGGCGCGAUUCAUCCGAAACUAGCUUACCAGCGCCUCCACUCUCUCAAAAUCAAAAAGAUCAGCGCUCUUACUCUUUCACUCGACCGCGUCGCGGGAGGAACGAUUCGAACGCUACCGAUCACACUAGAGAGCCUUCACCCGCUUCCUCACGACCGCGCACGCCGGUGCCUUCAAGCGAUGUAGUACCAUUUUUAUACCAAGAGGCCAAUGAUAUCGCCAAAUACGGCGAAGCUCCUGUUCGUGAUAUACUGACUGGACCGGACAGGGAGCGCUACACGGGAGAAAGUUUUACACAAAUACCGCCGAAAACUUCGUCUUCCUCUCGCUCGGGACACUCAAUUGUUCAUUUAUCUACCCACCGUCACCACAAGAGCAUCGAAGAUCCCAAUCCUCUAAUGCCUUUACGCCCGGUUGUCAGUCGCGAAGAUUCGGUCUUAAACAUGCAAACUAUGAAGGAAAGGGGCGGUUCCGCAACGACUGCGCCGCGGUCCCGAGCCCAAAGUCCCACGCCAAGCAGCAAUAGCAAUGGCAGUAGACUCGCAUCUAUCGACGGCCAAACGUCUCCGGGGGCUCCCGGGAAACGGGGUAUCUUUGAUCGCCUGCGACGCCACAAGCAUAAAGACGAUUCUCAAGCAUCCCGUUUAAAGAGCAUGCCUGGCUCUUCUCGUUCACUCGUCACGUCAUCAUCCCGAAUAGAUUUAUCUAAAGGGAGCCAGACGCCUUACGACAAGGCUCUUCCUACCACGGAAAUCGGAACUCCUCACACGCGCCCAACCAACCCCCGUCAAGCGACCUUCAAUAAUAAAUUCCCCUUCUCGAAGAAGGGCCGUCCACACAAGGCCUAUGACGACCCCGACGAACAUAUCGGCCCAACCGAUAGGAAUGACAAGGGCAAUGUAUUCAUUCUCGAUACAAACCUGAACGAUAUGGAAGGUAUAUUAGCACAGCCCCUCCCUUUGACGCCCAUGGAACCUUCGAUGUUACUACCAGAGAACGAGCCUUUGGAGCCAACACAAGGCAUAGGAACUGGGGCUUGGAAUGCGCCAGACAGCUGGGCUGUCCGUCGUACCGCAGAAGAGAAAGAGCCUCCUGUUCCUGAAGUGGAAGAAGUUGGGCCUCAACCAAAGCCUGAGGAGAAGCAGAAUCCGCACUGCAUACGAGUGUUUCGCGCCGAUGGCACCUUCGCUACUGUACAGAUGCCACUGAACUCCACCGUUGCCGACGUUAUGACUCAAGUUGUUAAGAAGACAUUCGUCACUGAAGGUCUCGAAAACUACCAUAUCGUGUUGAGAAAGCAUAAUUUAUCUCGAGUUUUAUCCGCUCCGGAGAAGCCGCUGUUGAUCCAGAAGCGGCUUCUUCAGCAAGUGGGAUAUGAGGAAAAAGAUCGUCUUGAAGAUAUCGGCCGAGAAGACAAUGGCUACUUAUGCCGUUUCUUAUUCCUGUCGGCGAGGGAUAAUCACUUCACAAUGAGCCCGCAGGACUUAGGGCUCGGUAGGGCUACAAAGUUCAACCAUGUUGACCUUUCAGGACGAAACCUCAUCACAAUUCCCAUCACACUCUACUCUAAAACGGCCGACAUCAUUUCUUUAAACCUAUCCAGGAAUCUUUCUCUCGACCUCCCCCGGGACUUUAUCCAAGCAUGCCACCAGCUGCGUGAUAUCAAGUUCUCUAACAAUGAAGCUCGAAAAUUACCCAUAAGCAUCGGCAGGGCGAGUAGUCUGACAUAUCUUGAUGUGUCGAACAAUUGCCUUGAGGAGCUGGAUCAUGCUGGGCUGGGGCACCUUACCAAGUUGUUAAAGCUUAGCCUGGCAAAUAAUCGUCUGAACCACCUGCCCCAAGAGUUUGGAGCUUUCAAAUCUCUUCGCUCUUUGAAUUUAUCUUCCAAUUUUCUGGAUAAAUUCCCGGUUUUCUUGUGUAAUCUGGAGACCUUGGUAGACGUCGACGUUAGUUUCAACUCAAUCGCGUCUCUUCCAAACGAGCUCGGGAGGCUGCGAAGUCUUGAAAAGUUCGUCAUAACUAAUAACCGACUUUGUGGUUCCUUACCGCCCACGCUGAGUGAGCUUGUGAACCUCCGUGAGUUGGAUAUUAAAUAUAACGGGCUCACCGCGAUCGAUGUCGUGUCCGAACUUCCUAAACUAGAGAUACUAUCCGCGGAUCACAACAUGAUUUCCCAGUUCGUUGGAAGCUUUGAGCGAGUCCGCAGCUUGAAGCUGAAUUCUAACCCCAUUACCAAGUUUGAAAUCACGAGUCCUGUUCUAACCCUUAAGAUGCUCAAUUUGUCAAGUGCGCAACUUGCCAGCAUCGACGGCUCGUUCAACAACAUGGUCAACUUGGAGAGGCUUGUCCUGGACCGCAACUACUUCGUCUCGCUCCCCAAUACCAUUGGCAACUUGAGAAGGCUAGAACAUUUUAGUAUAGCCCACAAUUCGGUUGGCGAGCUACCCCCAGAAAUCGGGUGUUUAAACGAACUGAGAAUACUGGAUGUCAGAGGGAACAAUAUUAGGAAGUUGCCAAUGGAAUUAUGGUGGGCGAACAAGCUGGAAACGCUUAAUGCCUCCUCAAACGUGCUGGACAAUUUCCCGAAGCCCGCUUCACGCCCGCCCCAGAUGCCAGGGGAUUCUUCAGGAUCGCCUGCUCCUAGCAAUAAGCCGUCCACCGGACUCCUAUCUUCGACAUCCAGCUCUGAAGAUCUUAUCGCUGAUAAAUCUCGUCAGCCAAGUCACUCAUCGAGCACAUUGCUGAGUGUCGGACCUUCACCCGUUCCUUCUUCGGACCGAAAGAAUUCUGUUGUCUCAGUGUACGGAAAAGGCGGGCGGAAAACUUCGGUCCUUUCGCGAAGCACAACGGCCAGUAGCAGUGUUAAUGGGUCCGUGACUCCUGCAGCGGGUUCGAGAAAAGAUUCGGGACUUUCCAGCCGGUUAACUAACACUUUUGCCGGUUCAUUGAGAAACCUAUGUCUUGCUGAUAACCAGCUUGAUGACGAGGUGUUCGAGCAGAUCACACUGUUGUCGGAACUGCGCGUCCUUAAUUUAUCCUACAACGACCUUAACGACAUGCCACAACGGUGUAUCAAGAAUUGGCCCCAGCUCGUAGAGCUUUACCUGUCAGGCAAUGACCUAACAAGCUUACCGGUCGAUGAUCUAGAAGAAUACAGCUUGCUUCAGGUGCUUCACAUUAACAACAACAAAUUCACAAACCUCCCCGCAGAUAUUUCCCGCGCCAAAAAGCUGGCCGUGUUGGAUUGCGGAAACAAUUCUCUGAAGUACAAUAUUUCAAACGUGCCAUACGACUGGAAUUGGAAUUUGAACCCAAAUUUGCGAUUCCUCAACUUGUCAGGAAACAAACGAUUGGAAAUCAAGCAGACAAAUACCGGCCCAGGCCCACAGAAUCGCGAGCAAUAUACCGACUUUAGUCGGUUGACGAACCUGCGUGUGCUCGGAUUGAUGGAUGUCACCCUUACUCAACCAAGUAUCCCAGAUCAGAGCGAGGACCGCCGUGUCAGAACUUCGGGUUCAUUAGCUGGCCACCUGCCAUAUGGUAUGGCUGAUACACUAGGUAGAAGCGAGCACCUAUCGACCAUUGAUCUAGUCGUUCCAAGAUUCAACUCGUCGGAUUCAGAGACGCUCUUAGGCUUGUUUGACGGGCAAGCGUUGUCUAGCGGUGGCUCUAAGAUCGCCAAGUACCUUCACGAGAAUUUUGGACAUAUCUUCUCACUGGAGCUGAAGGCUUUGAAGACACGCCAAAACGAGACGCCCGUUGAUGCGCUUAGACGUGCAUUCCUUGCUCUAAAUAAAGACCUUGUCACCGUGGCAAACGAGCACAGCGAAAAGAGACCGUUGAUGUCGCAUCGUGGCUCGUCGGCGUCGGUUGUCCUUAGCAAGGAAGACCUCAAUUCUGGUGGGGUGGCCACAGUGGCGUAUCUGCAAGGCCAAGAGUUGUACGUUGCCAACGUCGGCGAUGCGCAAGCAAUGCUCAUUCAAUCUGACGGCGUGCACAAAAUCCUCACGCGGAAACAUGACCCUGCGGAGCCGACUGAGCGUCAACGAAUCCGUGAUGCUGGAGGCUGGGUAUCGCGCCAAGGGAAGUUGAAUGAUCUACUUGAAGUCUCUCGUGCCUUUGGUUAUAUUGACUUAAUGCCGGCCGUACAAGCAGCACCCCAUAUUCUCCAAGUGCCGAUCACGCCGCACGAUGAAACAAUAUUAAUCGCAACAAAAGAAUUAUGGCAGUAUCUCACUCCUGGCCUAGUUGUUGACGUCACCCGGUCGGAGCGAGGUGACCUUAUGCGCGCUGCUCACAAGCUACGAGAUCUUGCUAUAGCGUACGGUGCAACUGGGAAAAUCAUGGUCAUGAUGAUCAGCGUAUCUGAUCUUAAGCGGCGCCAGGAACGGUCAGCUCGUUUACACAGAGGACAGAGCAUGUCACUAUAUCCCUCCGGCGUACCAGACGAUUUCCAGUAUCCUAUCAAGCGAGGCAGGAAGGCCAAAGGCGAGGUCCAAGACUCUACGCUGCAUAGGCUCGAAGCUGAAGUUCCUGCUCCUACCGAGAAGCCGUCUAUCGUUUUCACUGAUAUCAAGAAUUCGACCAAUUUGUGGGAAACGUAUCCGUCUGCUAUGAGGUCUGCUAUAAAGGUUCACAACGAAAUCAUGCGACGACAACUCCGCAGGAUCGGUGGCUACGAAGUCAAGACCGAAGGUGAUGCCUUCAUGGUCUCUUUCCCUACGGCCACCUCAGCACUCUUAUGGUGUUUUGCCGUUCAAACACACCUACUGACGGCAGAUUGGCCUUCGGAAAUUUUAAACUCUGUUUCCUGCCAAGAGGUGUACGACAGUGACAACGUCCUUAUUUUCAGAGGCCUAUCGGUCAGAAUGGGUAUCCAUUUUGGUGAACCAGUAGCCGAAAUUGACCCUGUUACGCGCCGCAUGGAUUACUUCGGCCCGAUGGUGAAUAAAGCGUCCCGUAUAUCAUCUGUAGCCGAUGGGGGUCAGAUUACCGUGUCCACUGAUUUCAUCUCCGAAAUCCAACGCUGUCUCGAGACCUACCAGGAACAUGAGCGAAAUGGGGCUGCUGGUAAUGGUGACACUUUCGACGAUGAUGCGACGUCUGCUGCAAUUAGAAGGGAGCUGAAGUCACUAAGCUCACAAGGAUUCGAAGUCAAGGAUAUGGGCGAGCGGAAGCUGAAAGGCUUAGAAAACCCCGAGGGUAUUUACUCUCUCUAUCCACACGCCCUUGCUGGUCGCAUCGAAUAUCAUAACAAUGCCCAGACAACGGCAGAUUCUACCGAGAAACCUGCCAUACUUCAACCCGGAAGCGAUCUUGGAUUCGAUCCGGAUUUCAUCUGGUCUCUGUGGAGAGUUAGUUUACGCCUAGAGAUGCUUUGCAGUUCUCUAGAAGAGAUGUCUAGCGGCGGCUUACAGCCUCCGGAGACCGAGCUACUGGAGCGUAUGAAGCAACGUGGUGGUGAAAUGACGGAACAAUUCCUAUUUAACUUCAUGGAACAUCAAGUGAGCCGCAUAGAGACUUGCGUCUCGACACUCGCAAUGCGACAUAUCGCCAUGGGCAGCGGCCCGAUAAGCUCGCUAGAUGAUCUCCGAACGCCCAUGUCUGUCGUCCUCGACAAUCUUGCCGCCCAGUUGGCAGAGCUUGAGCGAUACAAGGCCAGAUAUGGCGAUCUUACAAGCACCGAAUGCGGGGACGAAAGUCUUGCUACCGACCAAGAGUCUGACGACUGA